CGGGCGCCGGCACUUGAUCCUGGGUUACCACGAGGGCGGUGUGGCUCGGGAGAGCGCCCCAUGAGCCGGCGGUGUGGCUGGGAAGAGCGCCACAUGAGCCGCGCAUGUGGAGGCGGGGUGUCCUUAGACAGAGAAACCCAAGCCAUGGAGGGACUGCUGCAUUACAUCAACCCAGCACAUGCCAUUUCCCUCCUGAGUGCCCUCAACGAAGAGCGCCUCAAAGGACAGCUGUGUGAUGUGCUGCUGAUUGUCGGGGAUCAGAAGUUCAGAGCUCAUAAAAAUGUCUUGGCUGCUAGCAGCGAAUACUUUCAGAGUUUAUUCACAAAUAAGGAAAAUGAGUCACAAACUGUAUUUCAGCUUGACUUUUGUGAACCAGAUACUUUUGAUAAUGUUUUGAACUACAUUUAUUCUUCCUCCUUAUUUGUUGAGAAGAGCAGCCUUGCUGCUGUGCAAGAACUUGGCUACAGCCUUGGGAUCUCCUUCCUCACUAACAUUGUUUCCAAAACACCUCAAGCCCCCUUUCCAACAUGUCCCAAUAGAAAAAAAGUGUUUGUAGAAGACGAUGAAAACAGUUCUCAAAAGAGAAGUGUCAUUGUUUGUCAAAGUAGAAACGAAGCACAAGGAAAAACCGUUAGUCACAACCAGCCUGACCUAAGCCAUACUUCCCGACCCUCGCCUAGCACUGCAGUCAGGCCUAGUGCCCAUAAGCCACAAGUUCCAAAACCAGUUGAGCCUCUUCACAAUUUGUCAUUAACUGAAAAGAGUUGGCCAAAAGAUAGUUGUGUGGGAUAUGCAAAGUCUCUCGAGCACUCUGGAUCUUUGGAUGAUCCUAAUAGAAGCAGUUUGGUGAAAAGAAACACAGUAUUGCCUUCAAAGCCUCUGCACGACAGAGAAGCUACGGAUGAUAAACCAGGUGUAAGUGGUCAGCUUCCAAAAGGGAAGGCCAUAGAGCUGGCUUUGAAGAGACCACGGCCACCUGUUUUGUCUCUCUGUAGCUCAUCAGAGACUCCCUAUCUGUUAAAAGAGACUAGCAAAGGAAGUGGUCAAGGUGAAGAUAGGAACUUGUUAUACUAUUCAAAGCUAGGCUUAGUGAUCCCAUCCAGUGGGUCUGGGUCAGGAAACCAAAGCAUCGACAGGAGUGGCCCACUUGUUAAGAGUCUCCUCAGACGAUCGCUGUCCAUGGACAGUCAGGUUCCUGUCUACUCACCCUCCAUAGACCUGAAAAAGACCCAGGGGUCAUCAGCAGUGUCGGAUGAUGCACCAGGGAAUAUGUUAUGUGCUUUAUCUCAAAAGUCAUCUUUAAAAGACUGUGGUGAAAAAGCAGCCCUAGAUGGCAGGCCUCAAGUGCUACAGCCCCGGCGCCUCAGGUCCUUCAGUGCUUCUCAGUCAACAGACAGGGAGGGGGCCUCCCCCGUGACCGAGGUGCGCAUAAAGACUGAGCCCAGCAGCCCGCUGUCGGACCCCUCAGACAUCAUCCGUGUCACCGUGGGAGAUGCAGCGGCAGCAGCAGCCUCGGCACCAUCAGUCACAAGAGACCUGUCUCUGAAAACAGAAGACCAGAAGGACAUGAGCAGACUCCCAGCAAAAAGGAGGUUCCAAGCAGACAGACGGUUGCCCUUUAAGAAGUUAAAGGUGAAUGAGCACGGGUCUCCUGUGUCAGAAGACAACUGUGAGGAAGGCUCCAGCCCCACUCUCCUGGAGGCAGAUUACCCAGAUUCUGAUUUGAAUAAAGAGGAAUUUGGUGAGUUGGAGGGGACGAGACCAAACAAAAAAUUUAAAUGCAAACAUUGCCUUAAGAUCUUUAGAUCAACAGCAGGUCUUCACCGUCACGCUAACAUGUACCAUAACCCAGAAAAGCCCUACGCUUGUGACAUCUGUCACAAGAGGUUUCACACCAACUUCAAAGUGUGGACACACUGUCAGACCCAACACGGCAUAGUGAAGAACCCAUCACCAGCUUCUAGUUCCCAUGCUGUUUUGGAUGAAAAAUUCCAAAGAAAGCUGAUUGAUAUAGUGAGAGAGAGAGAGAUUAAGAAGGCCCUGAUCAUUAAGUUAAGGCGCGGCAAGCCUGGUUUUCAGGGACAGAGUAGUUCCCAAACGCAGCAAGUCAUCAAGAGGAACUUGCGAUCUCGAGCCAAAGGAGCAUACAUUUGUACUUACUGUGGAAAAGCUUAUCGCUUUCUCUCUCAAUUUAAGCAGCACAUAAAAAUGCACCCAGGAGAAAAACCCCUUGGAGUACAUAAAGUUGCUAAGCCAAAAGAGCAUGCUCCUCUUGCAAGUCCAGUAGAAAACAAGGAGGUUUACCAGUGCCGCCUCUGUAAUGCUAAGCUCUCUUCUCUCCUAGAGCAAGGAAGCCACGAGAGGCUAUGCCGGAACGCCACCGUCUGCCCUUACUGCAGCCUCAGGUUUUUCUCGCCCGAGCUGAAGCAGGAGCACGAGAACAAGUGUGAGUAUAAGAAGCUGACCUGCCUGGAGUGCAUGCGCUCCUUCAAGUCCUCCUUCAGCAUCUGGCGGCACCAGGUCGAGGUCCACAAUCAGAACAGCAUGGCACCAGCUGAAAACCUCUCUGUGCCAGUUCUGGACCACAACGGUGACGUGACUGGUUCUUCAAGGCCCCAAGUCCAACCUGAGCCUCAUAAAGUAAAUCAUGUUGUCACCACAAAAGACGACAAUGUGUUCAGUGAUUCUUCAGAGCAAGUCAACUUCGACUCAGAGGAUUCCUCAUGUCUCCCUGAAGACCUUAGUCUUUCUAAGCAGCUGAAAACCCAAGUCAAGGAGGAGCCUGUGGAGGAUGCUGAGGAGGAGGCACCCGAGGCCAGCGUGGCCCCCAGAGAAGCAGGUCCCAGCAAGGACACCGGCGUAUGGCCUUGUGAGAAGUGUGGGAAGAUGUUCACGGUGCACAAGCAGCUAGAGCGGCACCAGGAGCUUCUGUGCUCCGUGAAACCAUUUAUUUGUCACGUGUGCAACAAAGCUUUUCGCACUAACUUUCGUCUCUGGAGUCACUUCCAGUCUCACAUGUCUCAGGCUACGGAGGAGUCGGGGCGUAAGGAAUCUGAAGUGUGCCCCGUCCCCACAAACUCUCCCUCGCCACCCCCUCUGCCACCACCGCCACCACUGCCCAAGAUCCAGCCACUGGAGCCCGACAGCCCCACGGGCUUGUCUGAAAACCCAGCUCCUGCCACAGAGAAAUUGUUUGUACCCCAAGAAUCAGACACCCUUUUUUACCACGCCCCACCCCUUUCAGCGAUCACAUUUAAAAGACAGUUCAUGUGUAAACUUUGCCAUAGGACAUUCAAGACUGCAUUUAGUCUUUGGAGUCACGAGCAAACACACAACUGAAAGACCAACAUUUUCGCCUAUUAAGGGAUGGGGGCAGUCCCCAGAUUUCAACCUGAAUUGUGAAAUGUGCAUAAGUAACAAUAUUUUUUAAAAAUAAUAAAUGUUGAAAAUUGUUAUGCUUGAAUUUAAGUUUGAGAUAAACUGAUACUAGUCAGUAAUGUCCUUACUCAACUUUAGAAAUAAACUUAAAAUAUGGUGGUCCUGGACCUUCCAGGAACAAGGUGGUUUGAUCUCAUUAAGGUUGAGAGUGGCUUCACUUCCGUUGUUUGCAUGGCUCCUUCUCAUUCCACAGUGUCAGUGUAAUCUGAGGUUUUUGGUUUUUACUGAUUUGUAAUUAGUAGAAUCAAAAGUAUUUCUUUUGAUUAUUUCAGGCACCUAAGUUCUAAUAAAUCUUAACCAUAUUCUUCAGUCCGAAAAUAUAUCAGGAAGAAGUGGAGUAGUUUGCUGUAUUGGUUUAGAUCUUAGAAUACUUUAGCAAUAAAAAAGAUAAACCUCAACUUUAAUAAGUUAUCCUGACACUUGAUAAAAAUAAAUAUUUGGUAUUUUGUGGUCACAUAGAACUUUUUUUUGUAUGAAAAUUGUGAGACAUUUAAAUCAGCAAUAGUAACAGUUUUAUAAACUGACAAAAACUUGCUCUCUUUCUUGGUCACUUAAUACUAUAACAAAUGACGGUUAAACUCUAAAGAAGGCUUAGAAGGUGAAACAUGAUUUAUGGAAGUGCCCUGAAGUCACUUUCCUAGAGCUUCCAUGUUGGUAUGAGUAACAAAGUACUCUCCUCACAAGUUCAGACCAGGAUUUAAAGGACUGUGAGUGUUUGAUUUCUGAUUUAUGCUGUCACAAAUUAAAGAUCUGAGUAUAGAUGGGACAAAACAGCUAACAUACGGCACUAAUUUUGAAUUUAACAUUAAUAUAACAUGUAAGGUCAGGUCAUAUAUUUAGAUAGAUCCCAAACACUCGGAGUCAGUACAGCUGAUCUAAAAUUCUAAACUACCAUUUACUCCAGAGCAGAGGAGGAAACACCACACCGCAAUUCAAUAUGCUUUUCAAGGACAAUAUAUAUAGCAUACAUAUUUUCCUGCCUUGCUGUCUUUUGUGACAAUUUCUGUUAGAAUUUGUUGGCGUUUACAGUGGUUAAAACUGUAACCUAGUGAAGCCAUCCUGCUCUAAGUCACUGCUUACUGUUUCAUGAAUGUGUACGAAAGCUCUAUCAACAGUCCAAAAUUAGUUUUAGCUACUUACUUUGGUUCGUAAGUUUUGGGCUUGCUUUUCCUUUUAUGUAUUAAGUUGUAAUUAAAAGCCUUUCAGUAGGUAUUAUCCAAAGUUCAAUGCAGUCUUUCAAAAGAGAAGGUUUUUCCUUGGUUAGACAUAUAAAAGAAAUGUUAUUAGGAAACUACAAAAUCUUUGUUUAAGGUAGUAAUACAGGUUAAGGCUUCAAGUUCAUAAUUCAUUUUUUACAAGCUACAAUUUCAAAUUUUAAGUCAACUACUGUGAUUGAGAAAGUUAUGGGCUCUAGCAGAAAACUCUGUCCCUGUCAGUCUCUUCACCAGCAUCCGUACCAGUGGUAGGAACAAUUCUUAACUUUUCACUGAAACACAGCGUUUUUAUCAAAUACUAAUUGACUUUGUACAUUACAGAAAUGAUACAUGAAAUUUUUCCUUUUAUUAUUUCACUUUUUAAAAACUACCCAAAAUUCCAAAGUAUUUUAGUAGUUACUUCCUCUUUCGUUCGUUCUUAGAUUUGACGGACAAAGGAAAAUAAGAUUGAGCUGCAGUUACUGAUUCUAUGCAUUUUAAAGAUAGCACUGAAGCGUGUGACCAGUGCAGCAUCAGGAUGGGUAAUUGUGCUUUGAACUCAUUCCCUGCAUAGUGUGGUGUUACUCUUGAGCGUCUCGAUAAACUGUCACUUCAGAAGGAGUCAGUUCCCUGAGUAAUCAUCACCUACAUGGCCAUUAGAGUAUCUGUGAUAAUUCCCUGAUACAGUGUAUCUUAGCAUUGCAAAUUCAAUAUCCCACAACUUGAACCUUUAUGCUACAUUUUUCAAGAUUUAUAAAAGUAAUGUUAUUAAUCAAAAAAUAUUUUUGGUCUGAAUAUAGGCUUCACAAAUCUGUUAGAUUUUAAAAAUUAUAGUGUUUGUCUUGUUAGCUCACAUUUUUGUCUAGGCAAGGAAAAUAAGAUUUCAAAUAAAAUUUUGAACCAAAAACAUUUAUAAUGCAGUUCUGGUUUUUCUAUUACUUUUUAUACUGAACCUUAAAAGCAUUAGGCUGAAAGAGUUUAUUUUGAUGGUCAAAAAAAAUAUGCUUCCACUCAUGUAACUAUUUUAAAUGUUAAAAAGUAAAAUAAUUAAAGACAUUAAUUGUUUUAUUUGUUGAACAGAUUUUAAAGAAUGUUUAUCUCAGUAGGCAAAUAUUUGGUGUAAAACAAGGUGGACGUUCAUUGUCACAACUCUAGUGAAGAUAUUCUUGUAAAUAUCUUUUCUGAUUGUAAUUAAUUUUUGAAAAUGUAGAAAGCUCGUUAUUAUAAGUAUUCAGGAUGCCUGCUUUUUUACACAGUUGUUGAAAAGAAUGUAAAAUGUUUUAAUAUAUUCUUUAUUAAUCUGAGAACUUGUUACAGAAUCAUUUUCUUUAUGUGGGAGAAGAAAAGAGUAACAUAAAACAUGUUUUUAUCACUCAAAGCAAGCAAUGGAGGUAACAAAUUUUGUGCAUUUUUAAUAGUUAUAUUUCAAGAUUAACAGAACAUUCACCUUUACAACUAGUUAGUGUGCAUUUAUAAUUUUACCAAAAUAUACGCUUAACAACAGUGAUGUUAUUUGCAUUUGUGGAGAGUUGUAUGAUGUUCCUGCUUUUCUGGUUUAGAAUGGACUGUUUCUAGCCUUUUCUUUGUAAAUGUCAGCCUGGCCCUCAACAGGGACACCUAGACCUACUCACAGCCCCGCUGGUACUAGCGGGAGCAGCCUCUGUGAGGCAAGAGCAAACCAGCGGGGUUGUGGCUGUGUCUGACUGGCUGGCGGUCAGGGUGAGGGAGAGGUAAAAAGUAGCAGAUCUAAACUUGGCUUUUUAUUCCUCAAGCCAGGUUCUCACAAUCAUGCUGUGCAGUUUACAAGCUGCAGCUUUAGGGAGUAGAUUUUCUUAAUGAAGAAUAAUUGGGUAUCAUUCUGAACAGAUUUCUGUACAAAUUUAAUUAUUACUGGAAUAUUUACAAGUAAGUUUGUUGAUUUCUGAUGUCCAUUGAUGUUUUGCAAUAAUUGUAAACUGCAUUAUUGAUUAAAAUAAUGCUGACAUUUAAUAAGUAUUCUUUAACAUUGACUACUAAACUUUAAGUUUGAAAAAUGGGGUUUCCUCUCUUGUGGUUCUUUGUGGCUUUAGCACUUUAGGAAGUUUUCUCAUGCUCCGUAACACAUGCUUCCGUUGCCGCGCAGCAAGUGCACCAGCUCCUGGAGCUCCACGCAGCGGGGAGGAGUGCUGAGUUAAUGUCAGGUGUUUUCAUUCUUUCUUGGAGACAGCCUUUUGGGAACCAAAGUAUUUUACUGUAAAUCUUCAAAAUAAUUGAAUUCAGCACUGUUUAGUCAUUUGUUAGUGCUGUCCAGAUUUUCCAUGAAGUUUACUUGGUUAAUACUAAUUUUCUAAAGGUGUUCAUUUCUUUUGACAUUAUUCCAAGAUUAUUUGAAGCGUUUCAUUGAAUAUAUACUUGUUAAAAGAAAAAUGGGUGGUUUUAUUAUAAUUGUGCACACUUGGUCAUAUGCCUUAGCAGAGUAAGUCACUGUUCGAUUUUAUUUAGGAAUAAGCUGUUUGGGACUGAACAUUUAUAGUAAAAUAGGAUUUCUAUCUAAUGUUAAUCCAUUGCUUAUUUGUAUCCAAUUCUCUUGUCUGUUUACUUCCCCUUAAAUCUCAACUAAGAAUGAUUGGAGUCAAUAAAUUUGUACUGUAUUUUGCUUUGA